GGUUCUUGUAUCACGACAAAUCAUCUUCACUAUGGGAUAUGUCAAAUAUAUUGAUUGCGAAUUGAAGAUAGGCAUACCGUGUGCAUGAUAGACGAAGACGUUGAAUCGACUGAGUCCGACUAAACUACUUCAAUAAUGUCCUCCAGAGCUCAAACCCAUCCUUGCAUGGAAGUUUCGACACGGCUCACAUACCCCGCGCAAGAAAGGGAAAUGCAUGUCGUGCACAUAAGCUAUGUCAAUCAUGUUGAUCAACACCGACGAUCAUUUCUCCCGACAUCCAUUCGUUUACAAGGAACAACCCUCGUCUUACGUUCGACGCAAACGGCUCCGAUCAUUGCUACACUCGUUCAAAUAAAACCCAAUGAAUGAGUUACCUUACUCGUACAAUGAAUCACAUCUAGACUCUGAUCUACGUGCGAACGAAUCAUAAAGUAAUUUAGAUCUGAC